CACACAGAGAUCUGACGUUCAACGAUUUCUUUAACAUGAAUGGAUUCUGAAAACUGGGGGGGAGAUAAACGGACUUUAUAAACAUUUGGGUUUUUUAAGCAGCUACUUGAAACCAAGAGGAAUUAAACGAUUUACAUUUUUAAUUUUGUUUUUGUUUUUUUUUUCUUUUCACUUGGCCCAGAACUCACACUCUUCUCUUCCUCAAGCUCUCCACUGAGGAUGUUUUGAAGUUCAAUUGGCGACUUUAUCCCGGAGAGGAAAUCAGGGGAAAUGGGUUCACGUUGCCACUUUGCGCAUUGCGUAAUUGGCAGAGAAGUGCGCUUACUUCCUAAACAGGAGACGCGGAAUGUUGGGACUGAUCUGGAGACGCUCGCCGCUCAGUAAACGUCGUGAGGAUGGCGGGGAUCGCUGUGCUCCGGACAGGUGGACGUGGGAUGCUGCUGACGCUCGCGUGGCUCCUUCUCUCCCUGGCGCGGAGCGGAGCAGUUUCUAGAUGUGUGGACCAUGCCUGCAGCCCCCCCAUUGGGAACCUGGCCAGCGGCAGGACUCUGUCCACCCUCUCAAGAUGCCGGACGAGCCCCUCUGUGACCCAGAAGCGAUGCCCCGAGGACACACACCCACCCGCUCACAUGACGGACGACUCCUUCUCACAUCCGGAUACCUGGUGGGCAUCACGUGGCGAUCCGGCCGCGCGGGAACACCGGGACGAAAUACGGCUGGACCUAGAAACACAGUUCUGCCUCUCUCAUGUGGUUUUAGUAUUCAGGUCGCCCCGGCCUGCUGCUAUGGCCGUCGACCGUUCAGUUGACUUUGGAAAGACUUGGGAAACCGUCAAGGUCUUUGCACACAACUGCAGCGUGGAAUUUGGAUUGUCUGAUGACUUUAACCAGCCCGGAUCUCUGUGUACGUCCCGUUACAGCGGUGCUGCGCAGUGCACCCGAGGGGAGGUGAUAUUACGCAUUCUUGACCCGAGCACUGCUGAGGCGCUCGACCCCUACAGUCCAGAGGCCCUCGCUCGAAUGACGCUCACAAAUCUCCGCAUCAGACUCCUAAAAGCUCAGGCCUGUCCUGCUUCUCUGACCCCCACAUCCAGCACAGGAAGCACAGACUCGGCACCUUAUGCUGUCUACACCUUACUGGUCAGAGGGACGUGCCUCUGCCAUGGACACGCUGAGCACUGUGUGGCCUCCAACAGCAGCCGGGACAGCAGCCAGGACCGUAACAUGGUGUUGGGUCGGUGUCUGUGCGCUCACCACACAGCUGGGGAUCACUGCGAGAGAUGCGCCGCGCUCUACAACGAUCGUCCCUGGAGGCCUGCCAAUGGCAGCAGUGGGGAGUCGAACCCGUGCCAGAGGUGCGAGUGCCACGGCCACGCCGACAGCUGUCACUUCUCUCAGCGGGCGUGGCUUUCCUCUGGAGGUACCAGCGGGGGCGUCUGUGACAACUGCCGACACAACACCGUGGGCCGCAGGUGCCACCGCUGUCAGCACGGCUACCACCGCCACCCGUCGAUGGCCCUCAGCUCCCCUCACGCCUGCACACGGUGCUGGUGUGACCCCCGUGGCUCCUUGCCUCCCCCGCUGGGAGAGCAGGGGCCUUGGUGCCACCCCCGCAGCGGCCAGUGCCACUGUAAACCCGGCGUGGGGGGAACAAGCUGCAGCCACUGCCUGCCUGCUUACUGGGGCUUCGGAGAGGAGGGCUGCAGACCGUGUGCCUGCUCUCAUGGAUGUGAUCCAACCACUGGGCUUUGUCUCAACAGCUACUCAAAUAAUCAAGUUUUAAAUGUGCCCAUCGGUGGAAAAAUCCCUGAUCUGGAUCAUAUGUUCCCAAUGGAAGAGGAGGUGCAGUGGUCAAAGGAGCUUGCAGUGUCUGCUCUGCAUUACACAGGGAAAUGCAGCUGCAAAGAGAAAAAGCUGAGGAGUUUUUCUGACUUCUGCAAGACUAAGCAUGAUUAUGCGAUAAAGGUGAGCGUGCUGUCAGCUCACGACAAAGGCAGCCAUGCAGAGGUGCUGGUCAAAGUCCGCAAGGUCCUGCUUUCAGGCCGGGUGCCGCUCCACCUGGGGACCAUCAGCAUCUACCCUCUGUCCUGGACCAGCCGCGGCUGCACCUGUCCUGUACUAAACCCAGGAAUGGAGUACCUGCUUGCUGGUCCGGAGGAGCCUGGAACAGGCAGAUUGCUGGUCACCCUGCAGAGCGUAGUGGUUCCAUGGACCCCUCGGUUAGGUUUGUUUAUAUCAGAGGGACUGAGGAACGGAUGCCCCUGACUCAUGAAGAGGAGUCUUCGCAGGAUGUCGCAAUUACUCCCGAGUCAGUGAAUACUUCAGAAAAAGGACUGAAAAUCACUGUGAUCAGGAAGGAGAGACUCCAGGGGUUAAACUCACAAUGGGACAGUCACCAGACACGUGAAGCACAACAGACUGGAUGUCUUAAUUCACAGAACAGUCCAAAUUCCAGAUAUCACACGAACAUCAUUACAAGUUGGUAAAAAUUCUGCAGUUAAGCCUCAAGUCUAAAAGAUUAAGAAAUAUUUUAUUUUUUUAAUGUGGAAUUGUUUAAGUUCUGGUUCCUCAACACCUGCAGCUCACAUCCAUUCAAGGCCAGUUGUUCCAUUGUAUUCAUCCACCUGUCAUCUCACUUACGCCGACUAAUAAAUAUAAACCUG